UCCUUGUUUUAAAGUUCUUCCUACAUUAUUUCCUGAUCCUCAUCAUCAGAAAUAGACCAUUCUACCAUUUUAAUUUCUUUCAAAACAAACCACCCAAGAAGAGAAGAAAAUGAAAAAAUUUGAGACAAUGCCUAGCCUGCAUACUUUUGUUCUUCUAAUCAAUUUUCUAACCACUGUCUCUAUAGCACAACAUGUGCCCACAAGCUUUUGUGGAAAGAUUCAAAUCAAAACUCCAUUCAUUAGUCCAAACUCAAAUGAAUCAUCAACAUUUUUAAACAGCAUGAUGCUCUGCAAAUCCCAGAAACUAUAUUUCAGAACUUCUCUUGGACUUUUCCUAGUCUCUUCCAUUGAUUACACAACUAAAACACUAAUCAUCUCUCACCCUUCUUCUUCUUCUUCUUCAACAAGAAACUAUGUCUCCCCUUCACUUCUCGCCGCUGGCUUUCCUUCAUCUCCUUACACCAACUCUCUUCUUCUCUUCAACUGCUCAAACAAUAAACAUCCCCCCUCAGUGUCACCAUUCCUUAUCAGUAAUUGCACUCGAUUUCAUGUAUAUGGAACCGCUUCUCAAAAUCAAAAGCAAAAAGUACUUAAAGUGCCUUAUUUCUGCUUAAUUGUGAAUAACCUUGAAAAACUUGACAUGAAUUUUCAUCCAAGAGACUUGAAUUGCUCACACUACAGGAGAAUCUACAGAAGAUCUUUAGAAAAUGUUGAGUUAGGAACAAGGAUUUCUUUUGAUAUUCCUAACCCUGACCAUGUGCCGGAUUUAUGCAGCCAGUGUGAAAAGCCUAAUGGCAAUUGUGGCGUUGGGUUGAGAUGCCUGUGUCAUGCAAAAGAGUGUAAAGAUAAAGUCGUUUCUUUUGGUGGAUCCCUGAACCCUGUUGGUAAUAUUGUCUUGUCGUUGCUGUGUUUCGUUGUUUUGAUGAUAUUCUGGAGCCAUUAUUAA